CAGAGGAAAAGCUUCUUUUGAAUGUGAUACUGGCCACAAAAGUGUUUUGCUUUUGGAUUCGCUGUUUUCUUUCUCCGUUAACUGUGAACCUCUGGGUGAGGAAGGGGCCUGCCUUCGCCUUUCAAGCCGGGAAAGGUCAUCGAGGCCGCACACGCACUCUGCAGCGGGCAGCCAGACUGUUUCAGCUGCGGAACCAAAGAGGAAGCCCAGCCCAGGGCACUGUGGCCGCUUUGGGAUCUCUGGCUACAUGAUAUACCAUGUUAUCUUGUGAUAUUUGUGGUGAAACAGUAACCUCAGAACUGGACAUGAAGUCUCAUCUCCUGAUUGUUCACAUGGAAAACGAAGUUAUAUGCCCAUUUUGCAAGUUGUCAGGUGUGAAUUAUGAUGAAGUGUGUUUUCAUAUCGAAACUGCUCAUUUCGAGCACAAUGAACUAGAAAGAAACUUGGAGAAGACCAAUAAAAUACAGUACGGGACUUCUGACAACAGAAAGGAUAACAGCCAGCAGUGCAGAAUGGACGUUAAUUCAAGUAUGCCUUCCGCUUGUGCGUCUAAUCCAAAAAUUUCAGCUCAAAUCCUGCCUGAGGACAGUACUUUAAAACAUAAAGCCUUUUAUUCAGAGAACUUGACUGAAUCUAGAAAACCAAGAAGUAAGGGAAAACAGUGUAACCUAUCCCUGAUAAAAGGAUCAAUUUAUGACACAAUGUAUAGUCCUCCUGAAUGUCCAUUCUGUGGGGAAACAGAAGAUUGUUCUCAAGAUAUGGAAACUCAUGUGAAGACAAAGCAUGCCAAUUUUUUAGACACUGCAGUAGAAGACUGUGACCAGCCACUAUAUGACUGUCCUAUGUGCGGGCUCAUCUGUACAAAUUACCAUAUUCUCCAGGAACAUGUUGACUUGCAUUUGGAAGAAAGCAACUUUAGACAAGGCAUGGAGAGAAUUCAGUGUUCUAGAGAUCUGGAACUGGCUCACCAGCUUCAACAAGAAGAAGACCAGAAGAGGAGAUCUGAAGAAUCAAUACAAGAAAGGGACGAAUUUCAGAAGCUGCAGCAACAAUACGGUUUAGACGGUUCUGGAGGGUACAAGCAACAGCACCUCCGAAGUCUGGAGAGGGAAGUGAAUCAUGGAAGAAUGCCUCCGUCUGAGUUUCAUAGAAGGAAAGCUGACAUGAUGGAAUCACUAGCUGUUGGUAUUGAUGAUGGGAAAACAAGAACUUCUGGAAUUAUUGAAGCACUUUAUAGGUAUUAUCAGAAUGCUGCCCCAGAUGUGAGACGUGUGUGGCUUUCUGCAGUGCUGGAUCACUUUCAUUCAUCUUAUGGUGACAAAGGCUGGGGUUGCGGUUACAGAAAUUUCCAAAUGCUCCUGUCAUCAUUAUUACAAAAUGAUGCUUAUGAUGAUUGCUUGAAAGGUAUGUCAAUUCCUUGUAUUCCAAAAAUUCAGUCUAUGAUUGAAGAUGCAUGGAGGGAAGGUUUUGAUCCUCAGGGUGCCUCUCAACUCAAUAACAAGUUACAGGGAACAAAGGCCUGGAUUGGAGCAUGUGAAAUAUAUACACUUCUGACCUCCCUAAGGGUAAAGUGCCGUAUUGUGGAUUUUCACAAGUCAACUGGUCCUUUGGGUACACAUCCUCGCUUAUUUGAAUGGAUAUUGAACUAUUACUCUUCGGAGAGGGAAGGGGGUCCAAAAGUACUUUGUACAUCUAAACCUCCUAUCUAUCUUCAGCAUCAAGGUCAUAGUCGAACAGUUAUUGGAAUUGAAGAAAGAAAAAACCGAACAUUAUGCUUGCUAAUAUUUGAUCCUGGAUGUCCUUCUCGAGAAAUGCAGAAACUACUAAAGCAAGACAUGGAGGCAAGCAGUCUCAAGCAACUUCGGAAAUUUGUGGGAAAUUUAAAGCAUAAACAAUACCAGAUAGUGGCAGUAGAGGGUGUUCUUACUGCAGAGGAGAAAACUGCCAGGAGACAAGCAUCUCAAGUCUUUAUAGCCGAGAAGAUUCCUUGAAGAAUAAAGCAUUUCAGUGAUUGUGGAAUUUUAUUUUGCAAAUUCAAUAUUAAAGUCCUUAAUACAACUUA